AUUACUUAUCAAUACAAUUUUAUUAAUGUAUUUAAAUAAUGGUAAUUUCUUCUUGUUUGUGAGUUGUAAUGCUUAAUAUUCUUAAAUUAAUCAACUGAAUACCUUCAUGGUGAGUUGGUGGAGCUGAUAACAAAUUCAUGUUUUUGUAUCUUUAUUGGUGUCAUUUACUGGCCUCCAAUUUCCAAUCAAAUCUCCGGUUCCAAGUUCAAUAAAUGAAACAUGAGAUGAGGAAGCUGAAUAUCAUUGGAGGUACCAUGGAAACUAGCAAAGUAACUAGUAAAACAAGUAGCUUGAAAGCUCUACUGCUAAAAGCGUGGAGGGAGCGCUGGUCUGAUCUUCAGUGGGGUAUUCACAUCAAAACGAUACUCCCAAGAGGAGUGAGUGGCGACGUGUAUAACUUGGCUGAUUGUAUUCUGCAGCAGGCUCUGGUUGGUCCUGGUCCCAAUCAGCUCGUCCUCUCCUAUCUCAAACAUUCACUCAGCUCACAGUUGGUGUCAUAUGCAGCAGUAUUGCAGAGGAUAAGCAAGUAUGAAGGAUUCCAUAAACCUCACUGCAUAAUCAGUCUUUUAGAGUUUCUGGAAACUAUUCUUCCUGGUGUGACUUGUCGAGGUAAGCCUGAGGAGGGCAUUCUAUCAGGAGCAAUCCUAUCGCUAACGCAUUGGCUUCUUCAAUGCUAUCAUCACGGCCUGAAGAACAGCACUGAUAAUUCAAUGCAGCUGAUGGAAAAGCCGGCUGCCAUUUUAAGGCAAAUGCUCGAGUGUGACUUCAUAACAGCCAUGCUUUACAUUGCAAAACAUGAGGAAAAAGAUCUGUAUGUGGAUGUAGUGAAGAAAUGUCGUGAGAUUGAACUGGCGUUAUGUCAGAACUCUAUUACUUUGAGCGUCGAUUCAUCCAUAAAGGAUGCACUUGGUAAUCUAUGCAACUUGGAAUUGGGCACUGAUGGCCUUCUAGGUUUGGAGAAGGAUGACUCAAGUGAAGCUCUGACGUAUGUUGUGCAGGCUUUAUUAGCUGUUGAAGUGCUCCUCAAUCCAAGUGCUGAUACAACAACACUAGUCAAUAAGCUGCUAAUGGUACAGAGAUUAAAGGGAUAUAGUAAUGUUCGACUGUAUUGUGAGCUGAUCAGGGGUUGUCUUAUGAGCCUCAAUGAUGUGCUGGAGACAAGUGAAGAAUCUCAGUGGGGGGCGUUCACCUUCCUCAAACUGCCGCAUGUUCUCCAUCAACUGCAUACCAGUAACACUAGAGGUACAGGAGAAGAGUUCAGCCAAGAUGUGGCGGAUGCACUAGAACUGCUGCUGCAGUUCAGACCUCUGCUGGACAUUAUGGACGCCCGCUGCGCCUGCAACACUCUCGAGUGCCUCCUCAACGAGCUCAUCAAACUCAACCUGCUCACUGAAAUGCACAUCAAACAUUUCAUCGUUAACAGAGAAGGAGCAAGUGUGAAUCUCCACAAGACUGAGCCAGCAUCUGUCUCUCAACCGGCUUCAAUACCAAAAAUUAUUAUUAAAGCUGAACCGACACUAACUAGACUGUUGAAAACAUUGGAUGCUGAUUAUGGAAAGAUACAGGAAGCUCUUCUGAGUAUGCUCUGUCAGGUACUGUCAGGCACAAGUUUCGAAUUGAUUCUAGCUGUUGCAACAGUGGAAGGCAAACUGCAAACCUUUGUCACGAAAUUGAUCAAAUUCAAUGAAUGCAGCAAACAGCAGGCUGUGGGAGACACGGGACGAGCGUCUCAGACUCGCGCCAUGCUAUUCGACCUCACAUUUCUCAUGCUGUGCUCCAUUGUACAAACAUACGGCUCUGAGGUGGUGCUGUGUGAAGAGGAGCAGGGAGACUCGUUCUUCGGGCAGUGGGUGAAGGAGUGCAUAGUGGAGAGAGGCAAGCCCAAGUCACCAGACGCGAUGCUACAGCAGUGUGACCCAGCCAAGGUGGAGACGCUGCUGGCCCAGUUCAACGGCGCCGAGGGAGGCGACCAGCUCAAGUGGGAGGAGGUGUGUGUGAAUGUGCCGGGAGCCAUUCGCGAGGUGCUUGUCGCCUGGGAGCAUGGCGCGCUGUCACCCACAGACGUCAAGCGCAUCCUGGACGCAAUGCGCGCGCGCAUGUGCUGUUUGCCCGUAUGCGCAGCCGCCUGGCUAUGCAGUCAGAUGCAGGUCCUGCACCAGGAUGCACUGCUCAAGCCCAUGAACAUGGUGCAGCAGUUCCUCACCAGCCUCACCAACGAGGAGAUCGCGCACCAGGACAACUACAAGGAGCGCUCCAGCCUCAUGUUCCAGAUCAUCAGGAAGAUGCAGUACGACGUGCACCCACUCACUCUCUCCAAAGUCAAAGUGAUGACUCUGUCUCAUAGCAUCGUUUCCAAACAGCCAAUCAGUGAGCAGUUGGAAUCCGUGUGGAACAGUAUACAGAAACGAGGUUGGCUCAACAUCGAAGCAACACAUCUUCUGGAAAGCCUGCUAAACACGGGAGGUGCUACUUGGUUCACAAUCAACCUUGUUAAGGAGGUUCUCAAGUUUAGGUAUAGGGAUAAUUUAGAUCAAGCUGUCGACCUAGUGUUUGCAAUAUUUCAUUUGGACAUUGAAAAGUGUACUCUAGCCCUUCUCACCAUGGUAUUGCCCCAGUAUCUACAUAACAGACUUCAGAGCACCGAUCUUGUUGAGCCGCAAUCGUCAGCUGUAGCCAAACUGUGUGCUUACUGUGUAUUCGCUGCAUCCCAAGCUCAAACCAAUUCACAAAAGUACCCGCAGAGAGAGUCCGAAUUCACAGACGAGUUGGAAGACUAUUGUCCUUCCAACAAGAUGAUGCGUUUGGACCCAGCUGCAGCAGCUGAUACCUCUUUGGCUGUUUUCAUGGGGCUUGGAUCUAGUUUGUCCACUACUCCCACCCUUCAAGAACCCCUGCUCUCAGCGCUGAAAGCUGUUUUCAAAGAUCUGUCUGUAAUAGCCGAACAUUCGUCUUACAUAUCGCAGCAGACUCAUUUUGUUUUCCGAUUUCUAGAGUUUAUUGUGCGUUGUGGUAAAGAUCAAGCUAGACUCGUUCUAACGGAUAUGCCCAACUCCCUGGUUCCAUGUCUAGUUCGCUCGCUACCUGAUCUCUUCACUAAUGACUUGGUAUUGCGUCUCUAUGACCUGGAUACUAUUCUGGGCAGGAAGGCUGCCGCUCGUGAUCUAUGUCUUCUCCGAAGCAUGUCUCUCAAACAAGUAUCUUGAGUAUCAUCCACUAAAUAAAAGGUUAUUUGAUGAGCUUUCAAUUCAACAGGUUGAGUUCUGUCGAGACAAAAACAUUGAUUGUAUUAAUUUUAUUAUCUUAGCUUAAUGGAAAUUAUUCAAUUUUAAUAUAUUAUUUAAUAUAUAAUUUUAACUCUAAUAUAUAAUUUUGAGUCUCUAUCAAAUGGGGGAUUUACACAAUAUCUUCCUAAAAUAGACUUGUCACACUUUUAUAUGAGAAUACAGACCGCUUGGUUCGUAUGGAACCUUGUAGAGGAAAGUUUUUGUUAUUUUACAUCUAGUGAUUUCUCAUAAUGUUUCUCAAAUAUUUUCAUUGAUUGUAACAUACGUGAUAUGUAAAUAAUUUUCCAAAUAAAUUUUUAUAAAUUGUUU